CCUCUCUCGCACUCUGAAGUCUGAACCAUGGCGAUGGAAAAGCCAUCUUCUUCCUCCUUACUCUACCUUUUGUCCCUCCUCUACCUCAUAUCUCUCUUCUUCAACCACUUCUCUCGCUGCUCUUUUGUUCUCGCCGACUCGCAUUUCGAAGGCUUCGAAGCCGACGGCGAAGAUGAUUCCGAUGAGGAACUCAUCGAUCCUACUUCUCUCCGAUCACCUCCCGUGACGGUAUCCCAUACCACCAAACUCACCCCGCCUGAUCCCAAAACUCCUGACCCAGCUCCAUCCCUGAAUUCUCAUUCCGAUAUCCAAUCCCCACCUUCGGAUCUUCCCAAGACGUCAACCGUCACCACAGCCUUUGAAUUCUGGGAUGAAGAUGAAUUCGAAGGCCUCCCCACUGAGCAAUCCGCUUCGGACACUCCUGUUGUUGAGGCAAAUGCCAAACCUGUUGGCAAUAGUUCGGAAUCAACUGAUCCUCCGAAGCCUAUGAAUGUUAAGGGUUGGCGUUCAUUUUGGAUUGAGAUUGUUUCCGGAAGUUUUCUGAUCACAUUUGCCGUUAAUUACUUCCAUGGGAAGCGGGAGAACGAGCAUAUUGCCCUUGCCUGUGCUGCUCAAUUCGCUGCGAAGGAUUCGAUUUUCGAGAAGAAUUUUUGUGUUGUGGGGAUUGGCGAAGGUGGUGAUGACUCUCCAUUUUUGUUGAAAGAAGGGCAAACAAUAUUCAAGUUCUACGCCAGUGGUAGAAGGUAUUGCCAGGGGCUGUUGGCUACGAUGGAGUUGAAGAGUAGGCAGGAUCUGAUAUCGAGGAUAUGCAGUAUGGUCGUGCCCACUAGGGACGAAAUUACCUUUGAGGCGUACAUGAAUGAGGAUGCCAUGGACCAUGUGGUGUUUGCCAUGACAAAGAAGAAGGCUGCGAAAGCCAUGCAAAAAGAUGAGAGAGAUUUACAGAGGUUUGCGAGUCUUCUUUCGCCUCCUAACGGGAGAAAGUGGGUGGCUGAGGAAUUGACUGUUAUUUCAGAAUCAAAAGAAGUGGCUGCUGAUUUGAUUACCGAGGCGGUGCUUGACCAGGUGUUCGGUGACAAAGCUUUUGAGAAAUUUGGAAAAAGUUUCAUUUCUAUGCAUUUCUCUGAUCAACACCAAGGCAUCCGCAGGAAGGUAUUGGUGUUCAAGUUUGUGCUUCCAGCUGUUAACAACAUGGCUCAUCUAGCACGACUAGUGGCUCUUGUGCCGUAUUACAUUGAAUUGAUUGGGAGAUAUAAAUUAAGUUCUCAGGCUCGGUCCAAGACAGAGGUUGCCCGGGUAAGGGUUUCUCAAGAAAUACAAAAGGAUCUUCGUAAUGCCAGGCAAGAGGCCAUGCAGAGAAGAAAGGCAGAAAAGAAAAAGAUGAUGGAAGAGGCUGAGGCGAAGCUCAGUGCCGAGGCUAUCCGAAAGAAAGAAGUAAAAGAGCGUGCUCGUCAGAUGAGAAAGCCCAUGCCGAGAAUGAAAAUGACCCAUGGUUCCUAGUGUUUGAAGUUUCUCAAGUUUCAUGGUUCAGUUUUUAGAACUCAUCUUCUUGCUGGGACCAUGCCUUCUGCAGAGGCAUGGAAGGCUUCCCAUCUGCCCUUCGACCUUCCUAAAAUUAUAGUUCUUCUAGUUUGCAUGACCGGUAUGGGGGCGUUUGGGAUCACGUUUGGGAUCCCAAACGUGCGUCCCCACCUCAAAAGCUAAGAAGCAAAGAAAAUAUUUGUUUGGGUUCACGUGUGGCUAAUUGAGCUUCUGAGGUUGAAAUGGGUUUCUGGGUGAAGUAAACUUUCGGUGCG